AUGGCCUCCCUCCAAGCUCUCUUCUGCGCCGCCGCGCUCCUCCUGCUCGUCCCGCACGCGUGCGUGGCCUCCGCCACGCUGGUUCAGGACCAGUGCGAGCGCUACGCCGCCGGCGACCGGAGCAGCUACGACUACUGCGUCUGGAAGCUGGGGCGCGACGGGGGCAGCGCCAGCGCCGACGCGCGCGGCCUCGCCGCCAUCGCGGCGCGGAUGGCGAGGGCGUCGGCCAAGGCCACGGGGGACAGGCUCGCCGGGAUGCGCGCGAACGAGACGGUCCCCGCGCGGCGGGACUGCCUGGCCGCCUGCGCCGCCGAGUACGCGGCCGCCGUGCGCCGGCUCGGGCGCGCCGCGAGGGGCGCGGCCCGGGGCGGCGGCGCAGGCCUGCAGCGGGCGCAGACGCUGCUCGCGGAGGCGGCGGGCACCCCCGCGCGCUGCGACGGCGCGUUCGCGGCCGCCGGGCAGCACUCGCCGCUGGCCGGCGCGGACCGCGGGCUCGACGACGAGAUCGAGCUUGCCCUGUCCCUCUUGCCCUCGACGCCGCCGGUUAGGCCGUGA